AUGGUGGAUAAUCAAGAUUGGGGUCCAAGACCGUUCAAAUUCAACAAUGAAUGGUUCGCACUCGAUUCUUUCAUUCCUUUUGUUGAAAAAGAAUGGAAAGCUUUGAAGGUGGAAGAAAGAGGAGACUUUAUCCUUAAGGAAAAGCUUAGGCUCUUAAAAGACAAACUCAAAAUGUGGAAUAGGGAGGUGUUUGGGGAGAUCGAUUUAGAGAUUGAAGAAGGAGUGCGUGACAUCAAUAUUGCUGAUGAAAGGUUGGAUCCCAAUUCCUUUGACUCUUUUGAUGGUGAUUUAAUGUUUAGAAAGGAAGCUUCGAGUAGACUUUGGAGGAAUUUAAGGAUAAAAGAGAAUAUGCUUCUUCAAAGAUCUAAAUUGUCUUGGCUUAAGGAGGGGGAUUCGAAUAGUGGUUUUUUCCACAAAGUGAUGAAACAAAGGAGAAGACAUAAUCAUAUAGGUCAUAUUCUCUCUUCGAGAGGCUUGGUGGAGUCGGUGGAAGAUGUUAGGGAGGAGGUUUUUCAUCAUUUUGGAAAUAAAUUCAUAGAACCGGAAGAGGUGAGACCUUUAUUGGAUGGUAUUGAUUUUAAGGCUAUUAGUUCCGAGGAGGCGGUGGGGCUUGAAAAACCGUUCACGGAGUAUGAGAUUAAGAAGGCAGUUUGGGAUUGUGGUGGGAAUAAGAGUCCGGGUCCAGAUGGCUAUUCCUUUCUUUUUAUAAAUAAAUGUUGGCACUUCAUCAAAGAUGACUCUAUCAUCUUUUUCAACUAUUUCUUUAACGGUGGCUCUAUCUCUAAAGCGAUUACUUCUUCUUUUUUUAAUCUUAUCUCGAAAUCUAAGAAUCCGAUUGGGUUGGACGAUUAUAGACCCAUUUGCUUGGUGGGAUGUUUGUACAAGGUAGUGGUAAACUUUUGGCGGGGAGAUUGA